AUUUUAAUAUUUCCGUACGAGGUAAUGUGGGUCGGUACUCGAUCAGCUGACAUAUUCUAAUUCAAUUUUCUGAAAAUCUAAAAAAUGGAAACUCAUCAUAACCUUUAUAUAUAUAGUGUUUAUUGGAUAUAGUAAUAGUUGAUAUGGAAAUGGCAACCACGUCGCAGUAUUCGGAAUCCUUCGCCGAAACAAAUCUUAAAAUGCUUGAGAACGAAUCACUUUGUGACGUCAUAUUUGCUGCCGGAAACGAACAAAAACAGAUAAAAUGUCACAAAUUCAUUCUCGCCAGCCGAAGUCCAGUCCUCUAUGCCAUGUUUUGUGGCACCCUGGCCGAAUCCAAAGACGUCAUCUAUGUUCCAGAUAUAGAGCCAUCUACCCUAGAUAAUCUAUUACGAUAUCUUUACAGUGGCAAGGUCGAAAUAAACGCAGACACAGUUCUUUGUGUGUUGUACACGGCGAAGAAAUACGAUAUUCCUGGGCUGGAAUCUCAAUGCAAGACAUUCCUAAAUGACAACCUUGAUGCCGAAAAUGUCUGCACAGUUCUGGACCAGGCAAUAGUGUUUGGCGAUGAAGAGAUGAAAGCUAAAAGUUUAGAAUUUAUAAUGGACAAAUCCAAGAGUGUUUUGAAAUCAGAUGCAUUUACUCAAAUGUCAAAGUCUGGAUUGCAAGAGGUGCUUAAACUGGAGUCUUUUAGCGCAAGUGAAUGUGAACUGUAUCUUGGAUGUAAACGAUGGGCUACGCAUAGAUGUAGAGCCGCCGGGAAACAAGAAACAGAUGAACAGAGAAGGCAGGAGUUGGGGGACGAACUUAUUGACCUGAUUAGAUUCCCGACCAUGACGCUGGUAGAGUUCACGGAUGCUGUAGCUUCUGGAAACGUACUGAAUAAAGAUGAAUUGCUCUGCAUUUAUCGCAGCAUUGCAAAACAAGAAAUUGCCUCAAAAUUCAAAAACAAACCCCGACUGGGUUUAACGGCGAGCCUUUGUUUAACGGCGAGCACAAAAGUUUUGUUUGUAAGGUGUAAACGCAUGGAAAAAGUUUGGAAGUAUGAAGGGUCACAGGAUGGUCUUAGUUUUACAGUGUCUAAAGACUGUGUACUCAGUGCAGUGGAUAUGGUUUUGCCGGUUUUUGAAGGUUCUGUGACAGGCGUAUUUGAGCUCCUUGAGGACACAACUGUCGUUCAUACUCAGAAUGUUACGUUACAUUACAAUAAAGGUACUACCAAUUUGCUCGUUAAUUUAGAUAAACAUCUUACUCUUCAAUCCACGAAAGAAUAUUCCAUAAGACAAAGAAUGAAAGGCUCAAGCGUGUUUUUCUGUGGUUCAACGAAUACCAAUAUAACGAUGGAAGGUGUGGCUCAGUGAGUUAAAGGUUGGAUCAAGUAAUAACGGUUCAAAUGUUUCACGGGGACAGUUUUAUGGGUUUGAAAUUUUGAUCAACACAAAGAAAUAAUAUUACAUACAUAAAUACAUAGCACAUACUUGUGUUUUAUAUUCUCACGUGAUUGGUCAUUUUCUACUGUUAAAAAUGGAUAUUGUUGUGUCAUGUGUACAGAUGGGAAAAUGUAAUCAACAAGAAAUUAAUAUUCUUUAAUACUUUUUGUAAAUAAACAAUUGUUCCUUGAGACCAUUUCAAUAUUGAAACAGAAAUUUAUAAUAUAAGAGAAGUCAUUUAAUAUACUUGAUUUUUAUGACACUUCUAUUACACUAUUACAGUACUCUUAUGCCCGUCAAAGUCUUACUAAUAUAUUUAUUUAUUGUGUUAAUUCAGUUAUUGUUAUACCCAUUGUGAGUAGUAUAUAUAUAUAUGUAUAUAUAUAUAUAUUUAUAUUCUUAUCAAACAUAUAUACACGUCCGCAUGAUAAUGCAAACAUGCGUAAUACAUACCAUAGUUGUUAGAAAGCCUCAUUUAAAAUAAGAUUGCCAUUGCUUAACUGUUUGCAUGACUUUGUAUUAAUGUGUUGUCUUAAUGAGUUACCAUCGGAACAUAAAGAGAUUAUUAUUAUCAGUAUUUUCAUUAUCAUUAUAUGUUCUUUGUAAAUUAAAAUGACUGCACUCGUGCAACGUAAUAUGUAUGUAUAGACGUGUGAGAAUUUAAAACAACUUGUUAAAGAAAAGUAAGGUUAUGGUCUAUAAAUAAGAAUGUAUACCAUUGUUUGUAAAUGGAAAGUAAUGUAGCUUCAUCGGUGUAAAAACGCAGUAUGACAAAUGCAUUAAUUGUAGGAACCUACUGGAGUGUUUUUGCUGUUGGUGGUGAUGUUUAUUAAAAUAACAUAUUAUAUAUUUAACGAUAUUAUGUUUUUUGGUGUUAAACAAAUAAACAAUAACAAUUGCCAAUGCAUUGUAAUUAUUUACAAUUAUUAAAUGUGUAAGUAAAUAAUUAUCAGUUGCGCGUUUAACGUUCCGGUUGAAGGUUUAUCUUUUAACACAUGUUGUUGAUUAGAAUAGCUUAAAGCUGUUAAUAAAUACGCGUGUACAUGGCUUCAAGCUGGUGUUUUGAAUGUUUCUCACUGUGAUGUAUUUACAACUGUAUAAUAAUGCAUGAAUGAGUAUUUGCCUCAAAGUUUCACUGUUAAAUGACAUAAAUGUAAAAAUGAUUGUUAAGAAAAGAAUUUGGCUGCGAAGAGUUUGGACAGAAUUAUGGAUCUUUGUGGUUUGUCCACAGUGACUGUAAAAUAUAUAUUGGAAUUGUCUUAGUCCAAAUAUUCCGUGUAGGGGAAUCCAUGUCUGUGAACCAUCAUAGUAUUGACGUAAUUUUAUUAUCUGAAUUUUAACUGCAAUCAGGAGAAAGAUCUUCGCUAUCUCAAAAGGACCAAACCAGACAUAACAUGAGACAUGUGUUAAACAAAUCAAUCAACAUAUCACCAAGUGUUACUGUUCCGAUGAAAGCUUGAUAUGGAUCUGAAAAUAUUGUUUUAUAGUGUAUUAUACGUGUAAUUGGUAUAAUCGCUUGUAUUAUGUAAUUAUUGUGCAUAUGUUAUUAACGACAUGCAACGUUGCUUAACGCUAUACAAGAUUCAACCAUUCAAAAAGGCUGUGAAUCUA